UGGAACUGAAAGAGAGAGAGAGAGAGAGAGAAUUGAAGAGAGAAAGAGGAAAUCAUCAAAUGAUCAAAAGCCUCUCAACGCUCUCUUUCAUUGAUUUCACUUUUCCAUCUCUCGUGCGCCACUUCUGUUAUGGAUCAAAUGUAGAGAAAUUUUCGUGACCUAGAUUUUUCAUUUCAGGAACAAGAAGAACAAGAAGGAGAAAUUCAACUUCUGUCUGGUUCUCUGAAACUCGGGAGGACCUGAUAGGGAGAUGAACAAGGAUCAGCGACCGGAACCUCUUGAUUUCUUCAUUUGGACUGUUGAGGAUGUUGGUUUGUGGUUGGAAGAAAUAAGUCUUGGAAGCUAUCGCCAGAUUUUUAAAGAAAAUGGGGUCAAUGGGGAGUAUCUUGAAGGCAUGUCAAUGUUCACAACUGAACAGAUUCUAAGGUUUAUCAGACGAUGCCAUAUGAAAUGGGGAGACUUCAUUACACUUUGUAAGGAACUCCGACGAAUUAAAGUGGCUUGCUUGAAAGGGGAGCAAAAGGUACGUCGACCAUGGUGGGCACCGUCGUGCCUCUCUAUGGUGUUUCUCAAGAUGGCUAAGCGUAACAGACAAUGUCGAGUUGUUUCCUUGAAGCUGGAACCAUAGAAACAAGAUCAUCUUAUUUGUACGCCCUCAUGUAUUUCCUUUUAUGCGUGAAGAAUAUAAAGGUAGGGAAGAAACAUAUUAGUUUACCUUUUCUAAAAAAAUUGAAUCAGUCGAUAUUGCUUUCCCCC